GGGGCGGAUACUGUUAUAUGUAAAACCUUCCCCUAUCCGCCCCGUUGCCAUCCCUAAAAGCUAGCCCCUGCAAUUUUCGUGGUUCUCUACUUGGAAAGGAAGAAAACGAAACCGUAGCACCGAGUAAAAACCAGGCCUCACCCUUCUUCUAGCCUCCAAUUUCAGAAAACGAAGCAAGUCAGGCAAAUCACCAAUCGAAGCAAAAAACCAUUCACACCGAUCUAAGCCAGAUAAUUCACCGAUCGAAUAAAAACGAUUCACACCGAGCAGGUAAACUCCGGAUAGGACAGCCGCACCGCUGCCGCCGAUAGAAACUAACUAGAAUGAAUGUGGUGCUCUAAGCAAACUGCCGAACAGAUUGCAGAGGAUCGAUUCACUUAUCCUCGCACGCCAACGGCCAACUCGCAAGCCGCCUACACAGCUACGCUUAGCCGCCUGCCACCUGCCGCCUGCCACCUGCCGCCUGCCGCCUGCCCCUUCUCAGUGCUGUCCGCUGCACGGCUGUACCGGCUGCCCUGCAGCACCGCGUGCACUUCUGUGUACCUUCAACUUCGAGGCUGCGAUUCCUGAUUCUGCCCAGUGCCCAGUGCCCAGUGCCCAGUGCCCAGCUCCUUCGUCCCUUCUCACCUCCUUCCCUUCUGACAUUUAAAGUUGGGAGCAAUGCCGCAAGUAAGGAUUGUGGCAAAGAAUUUCAUGGACAUGGUGGCUUCACUACCUGCAGUGAAGCUUGAUAACCUCUACGAUAACCCUUUCAUCUGUGAAGCCAUUCUCAGAUCAUUACCUCCUGUGGCAAAGAAGUACGUUCUUCAACUGUUAUUCAUAGAUUCACCAACUUCAGCCAAGUCUGUUGAGGAAUGGGUACUACCGGAUGGAUCUACCAAGCAUAAAGUAGCCAUUGAUAGAUUAGUACAGUUGAGGUUAUUGGGUGAAACUAUUGACAGGAAAAAGGAGAAAUCCUAUCAAUUACAUCCAAAGUUCCAAUUCAAUCUUCGAAAGCACAUAGUUCAUGGUGGAGUUUUACCAAGAGAACCAAUGCCCUCAAGUAUCACUGUGAGGCUUCCUACAUUGGAGGAUUUAGAUGCAUAUGCCACAGAACAGUGGGAGUGUUUCAUGCUACACCUUAUGAGCUCCACAGAAGCUGGCAAGACAAUAAACAUAAGGCCUUCUAUGAUGAAAGUUUUCCAGCGUGGCCUUAUGAGUCAAAGAGAUGACCGAGAGCAACCAAAAUUGACUGAAAGUGGAUUUCAGUUUUUGUUGAUGGAUACUAAUGCACAACUUUGGUAUAUCAUCAGGGAGUACAUAACCAAUGCAGAGGAAGGUGGAGUGGAUUCUGCAGAUCUUAUAGCAUUUCUUUUGGAGCUCAGUUUCCAUGUUGCAGGGGAGGCGUACAACACGAACACAUUAACCGAUGUCCAGCGAAAUAUAUUAAGGGACCUUUCUGAUCUGGGACUUGUCAAACUACAACAGUGAAUAUCCUCCCCCGUUCAGGGACGGAAAGAGAGUUGGUUUAUACCUACCAAAUUUGCUACCAACCUUUCAAUUAGCCUGUCAGAGACGUCGUCGAGGAAACAGGGAUUCGUUGUCGUUGAAACAAACUUCAGGCUGUAUGCGUAUUCCUCAUCAAAAUUACAUUGUGAGAUCCUACGCCUUUUUGCUAGAGUGGAGUACCAGCUUCCGAAUCUCAUUGUUGGGGCGAUUACAAAAGAAAGCUUGUACAAAGCUUUUCAAAAUGGCAUCAGUUCUGAUCAGAUAAUUUCUUUCCUACAACAGAAUGCACAUCCAAGGGUUGCUGAGAAAAUACCAUCUGUUCCAGAAAAUGUCACAGAUCAGAUUAGGCUGUGGGAGUCAGAUUUGAACAGGAUUGAAAUGACGCCAGCCCAUAUUUAUGAGGAAUUCCCCUCAAGAGAUGCUUUCGAGUCUGCUUGUGAUUUUGCUAGAGAAUAUGGAGGACUGUUGUGGGAGGACUCCAAGCGAAUGCGGAUUAUUGUAAAGGAAGAAAUUCAUGCUAUCAUGAAAGACUUUGUUCGUAAAAAGCAAUAGGUUGUCGUUUAACUUUUUAUGAAUGUUGUUUAAUCAUUUCUAUGUUCAGUUAGUCUCAUUGGAACUUGGAACUCCAAACUCCAAAGUAUGUGGACAUCUUUUACCGUCUCUAAGAGUCCUAAGACUAGCAAAAUAUCUGAAAUGUAUACUUAUUUGGACUUUUCAUUUUUUUUGACGAGUACUUUCAUUCUUGAUAUAAGCAUUAUUGCAUUCAUUUGACUCUUAUAAAUAAAUAGGUACAAGAAUUAUAAAUGG